CAGUGCUUAAGAAAAGAUGCUUUGCCACCACAUUAUUCAAGUCUGAAGCAGUUACUGUACCAGGACAGAAUGAUGUGAAUCACUGAGAUAAGUCAGCAUGGAACAGAACACAUCUUUAGCCAUCAAAUCUGAUGGCCAUUUACCUCAGCUGUACAGAACCGCCAGCCUGGUGUUCUACAGCAUCAUAUUCUGUGUAGGCUUGGUGGUCAAUCUCACUGCCCUUUGGGUGUUUGCUUUGACAACGAAAAAAAGAAACUCUGUCACCGUCUAUAUGAUCAAUGUGGCAGUGGUGGACCUGAUAUUCAUCCUACUGCUUCCCUUCCGCAUGACCUACUACAUUAAGGAUUACUGGCCUUUUGGAGACAUGUUCUGCAGGAUCAAUGCAGCGCUAACAGUUCUCUACCCCUGUCUGGCUCUCUGGCUGUUUGCCCUUAUUAGUGCUGACCGCUAUGUAGCCAUAGUUCAGCCACGGCACACUAAAGAGCUCAAGAACAUAAACAAGGCUAUGCUGUCAUGCUUGGGCAUCUGGGUCAUGACCCUUGGAGGUGCAGCAUCAUUGCUUUUCCUGGAGAACGAUCCAGAUCAGUUUUCCAACCAUACCACCUGCCUAAGAAUGCACGACAUUGUCUAUCUGCGCCGUGACAACGCUGUCCACUUUGCCCGCCUGGUGUUCUUUUUCUUGGUUCCUAUGUUCAUCAUGGUGGGCUGCUAUGUUAUAAUUGUGGAUAACUUAAUUCACGGGCGCACUUCGAAACUGAAGCCCAACGUCAAGCAGAAGUCCAUCCGUAUCAUCAUCACGCUGAUCACACAGGUGCUUGUGUGCUUUGUGCCCUACCAUGUGUGCUUCGUGUUACUGCUGUUGAACGACAGCGAUCAGAUCUACAACACCUGGGCUGCUUUCACCACUUUCCUGAUGAACAUGAGUACAGUGAUGGAUAUUAUACUAUACUACAUAGUGUCCAAACAGUUUCAGGACCGAGUGAUCAGUGUGAUCCUGUACAGGAACUAUCUGAGAAGUGUGCGCAGGAAAAGUCGGCACACUGGAAGUGUACGCUCUCUUAGUAACCUCACCAGUGCAAUGAUCUGAUGAAAAGUGGACAGCGUGAACAUAUGAACAGAAAUGUACAUUGAAAACAAGUCUUGCAAGAAUUUUAAUAAGGCAUUUUAGAAAUGAAAGC